UGCCAAUCGCCAAUCGCAAGAAAAUCGUAGAUAUUCAGAAUGGAAAACAUGUUUCUUAUGGCAGUGUUGAGAUCGGCUCGUGGACCCGAGUUGAUUCUCUGCAAGUUCCGGUGGUGGCCACGCACGAACUCGACACUGUGAUUUUAACCUCUGCUAUUGUUGAGGAUGUACAGCCGAGUUUCAAAAGAGGUCUUGAAAACGGGUGUCUCGGGUUGCUGCCGUUCCAUCCUCUGUGGGUGUCAAAUAGUGUUGAUUUACACAGAUAA